AUGAAGACUUCGACAUUGAUUGCCCUCUCGACGGGCACCGUCAUCACAGGUUUCCUCGCAUAUGCAGUAUGGUUCGACUACAAAAGACAGUCUGACCCCGAAUUUCGAAAAGCUUUAAAAAGAGAUAACCGCCGCAUGGCCCGCGCCGCAAAGGAAGAGGCCGAGGCCCAGGGAGCUGCUCAACGGGACCAGAUCAAACAAGCCGUCGACGCCGCAAAGGACGAAGGUUUCCCCACAGACCUUGAAGAGAAGGAGGCUUAUUUCAUGGGCCAAGUUGCCAAGGGAGAGAGCCUUUGCGCCGAAGGAUCGGACAAUGUCGAAGCUGCUCUUGCCUUUUACAAGGCGCUCAAGGUGUAUCCUCAACCCAAGGAUCUAAUUUCGAUAUAUGAUAAGACUGUGCCCAAGGAGGUGUUGGAGAUUCUGGCGGAGAUGGUCGCCUUGGAUACGGGAUUGAAGCUUGGUUCUUUUACCACUGAGGGUGCCGGUGCCGGUGCCGGUGCUGACAACCACGGCGUCGAAUAA